AUGUAUUACUCCGCCGUGAUUGUAUCCUCUUUCGUCGUUCUAACGACAGCGACAUACCUGCCGACCGAAGAGUGUCCUAUCCUAGGUCCAACAUUUCCAUCGAACUUUGACAUCACGAAUGCAUCUGCAUUUCAAGACGCCGUGUCCUCCUUUCCAUCUUUAGUUGAGGAGCUGUUCUCUUCGGGUGUCAUCGACCCCAACACGUCAACAUUCAUCGCCGAUGUCUUCUCCACACAUAGUAACGGCUCCAUCUACACAUACAUACACAGAUCCCCUGCUCUUGAUGAGGCGCUCACGGCUGGAACUCUGGACGACCGCACGGUGUUUCGGAUCGGGAGUGUGAGCAAAAUGAUGACUGUGUAUAGUCUUCUCGUGCAGACAGGAGGGUUGGAAGUGUUCAAUGACCCGGUGACAAAGUGGCUGCCGGAGUUGGUCGGAAAUAGAGGGGGUGCGUUGGAGAAGAUCGUGUGGGAAGACGUGACUGUCGGUGCGCUGGCAAGCCAGAUGGGAGGCACAGGAUCAUUUCCCUUCGAGUCGUUCUGUCUAGACGCGCCGGACCAACAAUGCACGGAUGCAGAAUAUUUCGCAAGUCUACGAGACCACAAACGGCCAGUGUUCGCACCGUUUCAUACUUCGCUAUAUUCAGACAACGGAUUUGGUAUCUUAGGUCGUGUCUUGGAGCGGAUGACUGGAAUGAAGUACAACGACGCCAUCCAGCAUGUGCUCGGUGGCCAGCUCAACCUUGGCAGCUUCACUUCUUUUGCACCUGGAGGAGAUGGACUGAAUGCUUUCAAGCUCCCUGGAAACGGGACUGUCUCAUCGUGGGGUAUGGACCCUCAGACUCAAGCACCGUAUGUCUUUUCUCCCUUGAGCCAUAUGCACUAUCUGACUUCCAGCAGCUCUGGCGGCGUCUACACGAGCACAGCCGACCUCCGCACCAUCGGCCUCUCAAUACUGAAUUCCCGGCUCUUGUCACCAGCCGAUACCCGCGAAUGGAUGAAGCCACGCGCCCACACUUCAACACUCGUCUUCAGCAACGGCGCACCCUGGGAGAUCUACCGUCUCGCACUGCCCGUCACACCGAACUCUUCACGAACGCGUAUCUCAGACCUGUACACGAAGCUUGGAGGCAACAAUGGCUACACCACGGUAUUCGCCCUGUCGCCAGACCACGGGAUCGGCUACUCGAUCCUCAUCGGUGGACCUUCAGCCUCUACUGACCGAUUCCCGCUCCGCGAUCUGGUUGGUGAGACAUUCAUCACCGCUGCUGAGCACGCUGGUGUCGAACAUGGUGCGAAGAGUAUCGCCGGUACAUAUGUCUCUCAAAACUCGAGCGGCACGAACCUGACAUUUACUGUGGACGCUGAUAGGCCUGGCCUAGGCUUGCAGCACCUGUAUUUCGAGGGCGUCGAAUCGCGUGCGAGUCUCAUUCAGAUUGGCCUGGAGGAUGAGAUACCACAAGAGAACUUGACAGUUAGGCUGUAUCCUAUGGGUCUAAGAUCUCCAGGGCCCAGUAACUCGACGUUUGGGCCACGAACGGAGUACUUAGCCUUCAGGGCCGCUCCACAAAUCACUCCUAUCAAUCCACGAACAUCUAGCGAAGGAGGUGUAGGUAUGUUCGAUAAUAGUUGUUUCGUUACCUGGUCCAGCGUCGAUUUCAAUGUACCGGAUGAGUUUGUAUUGGAGUUCCUCGCGGGUAGAGUGCAGAGGGUAUAUAACCCUCUUGCGCAGAUUUGGAUGAGCCGUGUAUGA